AGUUCUGCCUGCCUGCUGGUCAGACAAUCGAGGGAACUUAAUUUGCAUUAAUACGCCCGUGACUUCUGCAGUCAAACGGAAAAGAAACGCCGCAGUUUUGCAUGCAGCCUUUCAUUACAGUAAGCUAGUCCCAGCGGCAAUAUAAUAUCGAAUUGCUUAUUGGAGAAUUUGGUUGCCGAAAAUUAUGUCAUUCGACAGGGGGCAUGUUCGGCCACGACUGUGUGUGCUGGAGAAGGGCUCUAAUGGCUACGGGUUUCAUCUUCACGGAGAGAGGGGGAAAACGGGGCAGUUCAUCCGGCUGGUGGAGCCUGCCUCUCCGUCGGAAAGUGCGGGUCUGCGCGCCGGGGACAGGCUGGUUUUCGUCAACGGGGAGAGUGUGGAGAACGACAGCCAUCAACAGGUCGUGUCCAGGAUACUGGCCACCGUCGGGAAACUGGAGCUCAUCGUCGUCGACGAGGACACCGAGGAGCUCCUGAUAAAGUACAACCUGCGGUGUCUGAAGGAGUACGCCACCCAGGGCAUCCCGCUGCCCGCCGGCGAGCCGAGCCACGGGUCCGCCGGCAGAAACGGCGCCGCGCGAGAACUGUCACCACCUCCGGAGACAAACGGAGGGGUCGCCGGGAAGAAAAGACACUGCAAGUCCGCCCAGGGUCACAGGCACGAGCUGCGUCCGCGGCUCUGCGUUCUGAAGAAGGGACCGGAGGGGUACGGCUUCAACCUCCACAGCGACAGCUCCAGACCCGGGCAGUACGUCCGUGUGAUCGACCAGGACUCCCCCGCACAGAGAGCCGGCCUUCGACCCAAAGACAAAAUCAUACAGGUGAACGGGGUGGCGGUGGGGAGGAAGCCGCACUCGGAGGUGGUGUUGGCCAUCAGGGCGGGGGGCGACAGGGUGUCCCUGCUGGUGGUGGACCCUGAGACGGACGCGUUCUUCCAGAGCUGCAGGAUCAGUCCCGCUGAGGAGCACCUCACAGGAUCCCUACCUGUGAUCAGGGAGGUGGAGGAGGAGAUAAAUGGAAAUGGGUCCAGAGAGGAGAGGAAGGAGUCCAGUCGGUCUGUCAGUCUGUCUCCAUCCAGCACCUCCAAUAACUCAGAGGUAUCUGAAGAGUCGGUUGGAGAGCAGGCUCCGGACAGGGCCCUGUCCCUGCAGAAGGCCAAGGAGCGCGCUCACCAGAAACGCUCAAACAAGAUGGCCCCUCAGAUGGACUGGAGCAAGAAGAAUGAACUGUUCAGCAAUCUCUAGGCCCGCCCCCUUCCCCACUCUGACCUGUUAGCCUACCUCCAGAAUGCUCCCCUUCACAAAUUCCAGGGCCAUAUUAGAAUCGGCGCACUUUCCUACAGUUGAGUACACAGUUUGUAUAUAUUAUUAUCAGGCCUCAGAUUCACAGACACUUUGAGUUCCAGUGUUAUCAAAGUUUUGGUGAGAAGGAAAUAAAACUAACCCACUUUACUUAAAUAAAUAAAUUAAUGAAUAAAUAAAGUACAAUAAGAAGUAUCGUACUAAACUAAAACAGUGAAAAACAGUGUUUAAAAAUGAAUAUGAAAUAAAAAAGUUAUAAAUAUAUAGAAAUUUGAAUUAUACUAGAUAUAUCAUGUUUGAAAACAUAUCAACACCUAUUUUACAAUCCUUAGACAUCUUUAAACCACAACCCUUCCUCACUCUCUUUCUAAAAGAUGCCUUGCUUUCUCAUUUUGCGUAAAACAUGAACCCUGAUCUAUUCAAGAAUUAACUUGUGUAUACUGUAUAUAACCGUACAUCAGUUACACCGAAUUAUUAAGUGAAUGUUGAAAUGAAGAUAACUCAUGAGGAAAAUCAAUAGGAUAGACAUUCGCCUAUCCAUCUGAAAUAUUAUACGUGUUUUGAAAUUAGAAAAUGUGUGUGUGUGUGUGUGUGCACACGUGUGUGUGUGUGUGUGUGUGUGUGUGUGUGUCUACAGGACAAUCUGAACAUCACUGCUGGUCAGAGAACUUUGUUCCGAUAGAUUGUUGUAUUUUUUUAACCAGUGCUUCUUUAUACCAGUCAACCUUGCAAUUUAAACUCGAUGAGGCUGUAAGAAUGGUCUUUGAAAAUCAAGACUGAAACAUUUUUAUCUUCUUUUUUUUGGUGAAGAAAGGAUUCUAGGGGUCCAGUAUUCAAGGUGACCAAAAUAAAAUGAUAACUGUGUUCGGAGUCCAAGGAGAUUCAGCACUUUUAGGCAGUUGGAAAGUCCAGGGGUCCAAAAGCAAAAGUCCUGCCUUGCGUUUCUUACACCCAUGAACUUGUAUUGCUGAUUUCAGUAAUUGGUUCUGCCUCCUGGCAGAAUUGUGCUCAUUAGUAUAUCCAGGGGAUUUGAACACAGGGGAGGACUUUUACUUUCUGAACCUGGAUGUUCCACCUCAGCAUUCAGCUCUGUCAGUCUAUCUUGAUUUUUUUUAUUUUAGAUAUUUUGCCUUUAAGGUUGUUCUCGAGUAAUGUUAUUUCAUAGAUCCAUGGAAUCCCAUACUUUCCACUUUUUGUGUUUUUAUAAAUGUUUUUUCACUCAGAUAUUUUACUCUCUGAAGCUACACUGUUGUAAUUUGUGCUGGUAUGCCUGUUUUUAUUUAUUUAUAGUUAAUAUUAGUAAUAUCGUGUAGUAAUAACGUUCCAUUUAGAUUCACUUGAUAUCAAUUAAUGAGUUAAGUAUCACUGUUAAAGGCAGGAUUAAAUUACCAGACGCUAGUCGUCUAGUCAGACUGCAAUCACGAUUUUCAUAACUUUACUUGGAGGCCACCAUUUUGUCUUGGGCGUGCAGUAUCAUACAGACUGAAUUAUACAUGUGUCUAAAAUUGCUAAUUAUAUAAAUGGUUGGAGGGAAAAAAUAAACUGUUUAAAAUCUAAA